GCGGUCGCAACCCCCUAGCAUCCUCCUCCGGCGGCGAUGAAGCUUGGGCGUCUCUGCCUCUAUCCUCCUCCUCCGGCGAAGCGGCGACGGUGGUCCGCUCGCUCUCUUCCGGCGAAGCAGCGAAGAGGCGACGCUCCUCAUUACGUGUCCAGAUGUGGGGAAGAUGAACUGGUGUUACUGCUGUUUGAGACACCUUCUGGCUUCACAAUUUUCACAUUUUGUGCAUUGCUGUUUGACGAACCAGAUCCCAUGGAGUUUAUAUGGGCUCAAUUCGCUGAAAAUUGGAGCUCAAACAUGAUUGUUUGGCCGAAUGAGUUUCAAACUUUUGAGGACAAGUCCAGCGCCAUUAAUGAAAAUACUGGUGUUAACGAAAGACUUGCUGAGAUGAUCAUGAAGCAUCGCUGUCCUGGGCAGAAAAUGGCUGUUGGAAAGCCUGAAUAUAAAAGAAUCAUUGAAGAAAGAUUGGGUAUACCCUGCCUGUAUGGUCCAAUUGUGAUGGAGUUAAUGUGGGGCAUACAGAAAUGGUUGUCACAUUCUGUGCCUGGAGAAAAAUCACGGCUGACUGAAGAUGACCGACUCCCAUUGAGUCAAGGACUGCAAAACUUCUUGAGUCGUUAUGACUGUAAUGUCAAACCAGAGAUGGUCAAUGAUAAAAUUAUUAAGACGGCUGCCUUCUUGUUUUUUGAGUGUGAUUCUAUUGAGAAGGAUAAUUAUGUAGCCUUGCGUAAGGCAGCUGACCACAUCAAGAAUUUAUCUGGCAUUAGCUGUGAGGAUUGGGGCUUACUGAAAAUUGCAAUAGCCCUAAAGAUUGUAUGUUGGCCUGAAGAAGCUGGCAAUGCUUUUGAGAUGAUUUCAGAAGACGUGGUAUCAAAGUUGGUGAAGGAUGCACCAUUAUAUGAAAAUGUGUUGGAUAUGGACUCUUGCUUGGGAAUCUACAACCAUAUGAUGUAUGCUCAUAAAGUUAGGAUUAAGAAAAAAGAACUGUUGAAAUCAUUGAUCGAGGAGGCUAAGGAAGCAUAUGAAGCUGGAUAAGUGGAAGUUGCAUGACAAGAAUUUGUUCAUUAACAACCAUGUGUAUGGCCGUGCAAGCAUAUGGAGCUGAACCAUAAGCUCACAACAAUCUGAAACUGUUGUAUCACCUAACUUAGUUUGUUCUUAGUGUGAAUGGAGUCUUUGGUACA